ACUGGAAAAUAUCAAAAAGCUGUCGACAAAAUAAGUUGUCAAGUGAAGAAUACUUUUUUUUUUUUCUUUCGGAGGAAAUUGAAUUCGUAAAACGGGACAAGCGAGAUGGACCCAACUGGACCAUAUCCGGAUUUUAGUGAUCCAGUCUCAGACCUGGAAGGGCAACCCAUAAAUAACAUUGUAAACAAUGUGAACGUGACAUCUGAGGAUGACCCAUCACGGGGUUCACAUAAUCUUAUAGAUUUUCUUUCAAGCACGGAAUUUAAUGAUCAAGGACAAACCGGAAAUAAUAUAGUCAGCAACUCAACUAUAGAUUAUAGCACAUAUGAUUCCCGUGUGCAGGAUGUAAAUGAGAUGUUGGCCGGAGACUUCACUUGGGGAGAAGAAUGUUUUUUCGAUCGGCCUCUAGACUUUGAGAUGAUUAAUCAAGAUCCGUUUGCAACCAAUAUUGUUGCAGAGAAUGGCAACCAACCAGAAGAAUAUCGCAAUUAUCAAACAGAGCUAGCGGACUUCUAUGAGACAUUCGAUGAAAAUCUCAUGUGGGAAUCACUAAAUCUUAUGGAACUGCCUCCAAAUUUCGAGAUUAAAGAUCAAAUCCCAACCGAAUAUAAUAUUGACACAGUGAAUGUUAAGCAACCCAUCGAAAAUUCCACUAAUGAUGGCCAACUGCAGGAAGAAAUGCCAUGGCUAUCACAAAAUAUGACUUCCACUAAUGAUGGCCAACUGCAGGAAGAAAUGCCAUGGCUAUCACAAAAUCUGACUUCCACUAAUGAUGGCCAACUGCAGGAAGAAAUGCCAUGGCUAUCACAAAAUCUGACUUCAAGUUAUAAGAUAAUCGAUGCGGAGCAAUUCCAAAAUAAUAAUGUCAACAAUUCACCAAUUCAAAAUACUAUUUCCGAGGCCCAAUUGCAGACAGUGAAUGAUGUCACAUUGACCGAAGAAAAUCUUAUAAAUCAGACUUCAAGUUAUAAGAUCAAUGUCAACAAUUCACCAAUUCAAAAUACUAUUUCCGAGGCCCAAUUGCAGACAGUGAAUGAUGUCACAUUGACUGAAGAAAAUCUUAUAAAUCAGACUCCAAGUUAUAAGAUCAAUGAUCAAGAAAACGUUGAAACGGAAAACAAUAUUAUCACCAAGUUACCAAACGAUAAUACUUCCUCUGAAUACCAAUUACAGAAUGAUGGAACAUUCGGCGAAGAUCUGUCAGGUGCCACUCAAAAUCUAAACGAACUCACUUCAACCAACGAUCCCGAACAGAUGGAAAAUAAUGGAGUCAUUAUCUUCCCAAUAGAUAAUACCUCACUCAUUUCAAGCAGCGAUCCCGAACAGACAGAAAAUAAUGAAGUCCUUAUGCUACCAACAGAUAACACCAUUGAUGAGGCCCAAGCAGCGGAGGAAAACGUGAUGAUUCCAUCACAUAUCCUUAUUGAUCUGACGCCAAGAUUUGUGAUCAAUGAUCCUCGCAUAUCGACUGAGAUCGGUACGAUCUUUGAUUUGCCCAUUCAGUACACUUCGGGGCAAAUCAUGAACAUGGAGGUGGUUCUAUGCGAGGAUAUGUUUCCGAAUGUACCCUCAGAUUUUGGGCAGACAGAUUAGAAAGGAUGAAUAAUGAACACGUAUUGGCGAAUCCUUUGAAAUUUCUCAAUUAAAAUAAACGCUGAUGUUACAAAUAAUUUUUUUUUUUUAACAAAUUUUAGUUUUAAAGGUGAAAUAGCAUUUAAAAAGUAAGGGGUUUAAGUGUUACAAAUUCAGUUUAUACAUGAUUAAUGCCACAAUUCAUAAUCUUUAUAUUGCUUAUGGGUAGAGAUUUGUAACACGAAAGGGUUAUAAUCAUUUAGGUAUGAUUUCCAUGUUAAUUACAAAUCA